AAAUAGCAUUUUAUUUUUCCUCCCAGCUGCUAAACCUCUGUAAAGGGUUUUAACAGCCAUAGCAGCAGCAGCAGCAGAAGAAGAAGAUACACAAGAAAAACUCCAUUCAAUUCACAAUUUGUUUGAUUAAAAAUCUCAUUCUUUUGGUUAGUAAUCUUUCAAUUUUAGAAAAAUGCCUUCAAAGAAGAAGAAUCAGAAGUCAGCAUCAAGGCUUUCACAAUCAGAACUUAGUGAUACUUCAUCAGUUUUGAGUUCAUCAGAUGUGGAAUUUACUGAAGGAGAACUUAGGUGUUGUCUUGAAGAAGCUUCGAGAAAGUUCCCGUCUUUGAUUUCUAAAACAGAUUUUAUUGGUCGAAUAUCAGAAGAUGUUGUGGAGACUGUGGGUACCAAAGGCUGUAAAAUUUGGCUUUCGGAAUCUUCCAUGCUUGCUUCUUCUAUUUCUCCUGGCUCCAUUGUAUCGGUAUCCCUUGCUUCUUUGAAGAAAUAUGAAAGUAACUUCCCUCUUAGCUCAUUAGUAGAUGAGUGUACAAGGCAUUUUGGGCUUGAUUAUACAGAAAAUGUGGCUCAUGAAGCAGGAAACUUCUUUGCUCUUGCGUCUGUUUUCCCAUCUUGUAAGAUUUUAAAAAAUGGAGCACGAUUAUCUUCAAGCCUCUCAUGGAGUAUGGGCUACCCUGCUUCGGGUAGGAUUGUUUUUGUUCACCCUAUUCGUGAUCAUACCAUAAGGAGUAUUGCAAGUGGAAGCAAUCAAUCGUCCAAUGGUAAAGUUAGUUCCUUUUUGGUUAGUAACUGUGAGGAACUAUCUUUGUUGCUGGUAUCUCGUAAUGGAAUACCACCGAUGAACAGCUUCAUAUCCUCUCAGUAUUCAACAACUGAAACAAGAAAUGUUCGAAGUGAGACUAUGGCAGGUUCAUCUCCUCGGACUCCAUUACACACUCGUUCUAGACUUAAUUCUCCUAGCACUAUGGAGUUCAAUACACCCAAGGAUCAAGAGUCAGUGUCGAUCUCUUCUGAUGUAGGUGGCUCAACUAGUGAAAUAUUCAACAUAAGAGAAGUUUUGGUGAAUGACCAUUCAAAGAAACUUAUACAAACCUGUACAGCUUCGUGGUUGUGUUCUCGCAUUUUACUAUCUGGAAAUCUUGUGAUAGUCCCACUGCUUUCAAGGCUGUGUUGUUUCCAGGUUAUGGGUGUUUCUCCUCCCCAAAAUUUGGAGGGCUAUGGUAGUGUUGCUUUCUCUGUAGAUCACAAAACAAAAGUAGUUCUACAUUUACCCCAGGACACUGAAGUGGGAACUCCAAUAACAAGCUUAUCACAAUCAGACCUUGAACAUAGAAAUAUCAACAAUAAGGAUGGAGUUGACUACACAAAAUUGGGUGGUCUUUCUGAAGAAUUUGCAGUUCUAAUGGACAUAAUAAUAUCGUCGGUUGUGAAGGGUACAAUGGCUAGCAUGGGCUUACGACCUACAAAGGGAGUACUUCUUCAUGGGCCACCUGGGACUGGAAAGACUGCUUUGGCACGAUUAUGUGCUCAUAAAGCUGGUGUAAACCUAUUCUCUGUCAAUGGGCCUGAAGUAAUUAGUCAAUAUUAUGGCGAAAGUGAACGGGCAUUGAACGAGGUGUUUGAUUCAGCGAGUCAAGCAGCUCCUGCCGUGGUCUUCAUUGAUGAGUUGGACGCCAUUGCGCCUGCUCGUAAAGAUGCAGGUGAAGAGCUUUCUCAAAGAAUGGUAGCUACAUUGUUAAACUUGAUGGAUGGAAUAAGAAGAGCUGAUGGUGUACUUGUUAUUGCUGCAACCAAUCGACCUGACAGUGUUGAACCAGCUCUUAGACGACCUGGAAGACUUGACAGGGAAAUUGAAAUAGGCGUACCAUCUGCCAGACAACGGUAUGAAAUACUGCAGACACUACUUGGUGAAAUGGAACAUGCUCUUUUGGACAAGGAUGUUCACGACCUUGCAACAGCUACACAUGGUUUCGUGGGCGCUGACCUAGCUGCUUUGUGCAAUGAAGCAGCUUUGAAUUGUCUUCGUGAACAUGUUGAGUCAAAAACAUGCUUUGGAAAUACUCAAUAUAAACCUUCAAUGCCAAGAUAUGAUGCAUGCCUUGGCAGGAAUGGUACCCAUUGCUUACAAGACAUUUCUUUUAACAGUGAUUUCGAGGGGGCAUCUUCAUCUAUUUCAGAAGCAUGUAUUUCAUCAGAUAUCCUGAGAAACUUCACUCGCAUGGCGCAAACAGACACCCUUAGAAUCACUUAUAAAGAUUUUGAAAGGGCUAGAAUGAAAAUAAGACCAAGUGCCAUGAGAGAGGUUAUACUUGAGGUUCCAAAGGUAAACUGGGAUGAUGUCGGAGGGCAGAGGGAGGUUAAGAUGCAACUCAUAGAAGCUGUUGAAUGGCCUCAGAAACACCAGGAGGCUUUCAAGCGCAUUGGCACUCGUCCCCCUACUGGAGUUUUGUUGUUUGGUCCUCCAGGAUGCAGCAAAACAUUGUUAGCUCGUGCAGUUGCUUCUGAAGCAGGGUUGAACUUUCUUGCUGUGAAGGGCCCAGAGCUUUACAGCAAAUGGGUGGGUGAAUCAGAAAAAGCUGUUAGGACACUAUUUGCAAAGGCUAGGACGAAUUCUCCUUCAAUUAUAUUUUUUGAUGAAAUAGAUGGCCUUGCUGUUGUACGUGGCAAAGAAAGUGAUGGGGUUUCUGUGUCGGAUCGGGUCAUGAGUCAACUUCUUAUUGAAUUAGAUGGUUUACAUCAGAGAGUUAAUGUCACUGUUAUUGCUGCAACAAAUCGACCAGACAAGAUUGAUCCUGCUCUUCUAAGACCAGGACGUUUUGAUAGAUUGCUGUACGUUGGACCUCCAGAUGAAAAAGACAGGGAGGCAAUAUUCCACAUACAUUUGAAGAAGAUGCCAUGCAGUUCUGACAUAUGCAUUGAAGAGCUAGCUCAGCUAACCAGCGGCUGUACUGGUGCUGACAUAUCGCUGAUAUGUCGUGAAGCAGCUAUUGCAGCUAUUGAAGAAAGCCUUGAUGCAUCUGAAAUAACAAUGGAGCAUCUGAAGGCCGCCAUUAGGCAAGUGCCUCCAUCUGAAGUUCAUUCAUACCAGGAGUUAUCAAAUAGGUUUCAGAGGCUAGUGCACUCAGACCCUGUGAAAAAUGAUUAGUCAUCAAUGGAACAUUAGAAUUGAUGGCUUUCGGCGCAGGAGGAGGUUCAACAUUCGAGUCUUCUUUGCACAAAUGGAUGUUGUUGCCAUAAUUUACACAUCUUCCAUGUUAAUUCCAGAAAUCUACUGCAAAAACAUAUAUGCAGCAGGGCCAGAAUGAGUGUUUCUAUUGGUUAAUGUCAACUAUUUGAUUCCAUCAAUGAGCUGAGUAACAGCUAUUCAGUGGAGUAAUGUUUCACAAACUGAAACUUUCUUAUUCUGAUCCUUCGACGAGUUGUUUUCAAUCAAGGCCUCAAUACACAUGAAAUGCUUAUUUAUGAUGGUGGUGAUAGUAAGAAGAUAGCAAGGUAGCUCCAGUGUGGGUACUUCUGGUGUUAAACAGAAGAUUGCACUCUAUGGAUGAUGUGUUAAAGUGCAUGGUAUUUUGUGUAUUAUGCAUAAACAUAACUUGUAAACUAUAUAGAACUAUAGUAGGUAUACAUCAUCUUUCUGAUUGAAUACAACCUUUGACAUCCUCUAUAUGUAUACCAAAUCACAUAUUAGCAAUUGUUGAUUGGUGAUCGCGUUGUUUCUUGUACUUUCUUUAUUGGAUUGCUUUGGACUUUUUUCUUUUUGAGUUGAGAGUCUGUCAGAAACAACUUCUCUAUCUCUGAGGUAGGGUAAGGUCAGGUCUGAUGUAAACUAUGCUCAAUCUCAAAUAAGUUGAGUUCAGUUAUAUGAAUUCUCACUAUUA